GCUACCGUUCACUGUCUUUGGAUCCGCGCUGGCGUACGGUUUGAGUUUCGUCUCCUGAUCGAAGUGCAUACGUUUUGUCGUCCCCCUCGCUCGAAUCUACCACUGCGAAUCGGUUGAAGAUAAAAGAAGCUAUAACGAUAAUUGUCCUCCUUUUGUGCUUACUGUUGUUCCUUGUGUCCCCUUUCGAGCACCAUUAUAAUCGCCCUCGAGUGUUUGUUCGGGGAAAAAUUGCGUGGAAAUUUUUCACAAACGCGCGCCCGGAACUGCUGUUGGAAAGUGUUGGGGAUCUGUUUUUCUUCGGUGAAAAACUGCGUAUGUUGAAUCGAUAGCAUACCUUGUGCGGGAAUCUACAAGGCGCUACCAUUCCUAGUCAAUUAGUACAGUGUCUGCAAAUUAUCGGCGGUCGAUAGAAUUUAUUCGUUUUUCGAAAUUUUAGCGAUAUCCCGGUCAUCCAUAUCCGAACCCGUGGCCGCAGGUGCCAAAAAGAUCCCCUUUUGGAGUGAAAAAGUGUUUACGUAAUUUCGUGAAUUUUCUUGGUUGUGUAAUGUGAAGAAUCGUUCUCGCGUGUGUGCAAUAGAAGAGUAUAAAAAGGGCAGCGCUACCGAGAGUUGGCAAGAAGAAGAAAACGGUUUUAGCAAAUUGUUCGUCGAAAUUCGCUCCGACCGACCGUCGUCGUCGUCCUGUGCCAUUGCCGUCGUCGUUUGAAGGAAGAAAAGAAAUACACCAAAACGGACUCUGCUGCCACUUUGGGUGUAGUUGUGUGAGCCCUUUUGUGGAUCAAACAGGAGCAGCAAAAAAGGUUGCAGCCUUCUCCCCUUCUCGCCGUCGGUCCGACCUUGGUCACAUAGCGCUUGGCCGUGCAGAUCCAUCAAACGCUGAACAGAGCAGCAGUAAACGUCAGGAAUAACCCAAACAGGCAGACAGACGACAGGCUCGCUAGGACGUUUCCGUGUCGUGGUAGAAUAAUCCUCCCGGUCGUGUUGUGUAAUGGCGUUUCUGCGUUCGGUAGCUCGAUGCAAUAGUCUGGUAUCGCGCAAAGUUUCUUCAUCUUCAUCCCCAUCGGUGCUUGGCAGUGGUCUUCCCGCCGGUCAACGUGCUGGAUUCUCGCUCAAUGACCCACUGCUGAUUGCCGGUGACCACCAUGCGUCCCUCGCCUAUCUCUGCCAAACGUUGGCAGGUGGACAACUUCACCAGCGACGGUUUCGUUCAGUAACGGCCACUGCAACGGCUGGAGGGCAUCAUGUGGCCAAACAGCAGCAGCAACAGCAAAAUGACCCAGGCUCCCCCCAUCGGGACCCGCUGGACGUCAGCUUCAAUGACCCGAACGCCGCCUUUAAGAGCAAAACAACGUUCGAGCUGAUCCGAGCCUACUUCGUCUAUCUGCUCUGUUCGUCCGAGUUUCUGGUCGAGAACAACAUGAAGGUAAACGUUUUCGGUACCAAAUGA